AUGACGCUGAUUGUGAGGACAGAGCCACAGAUCUCACCUGAGGAGAGGGCUGCUAAGACGCCUGCUGCAUGCAGACCACAGCAGCCAAAGGGACAGAGCUCUGAUCCAGAGAGCACGGCCCAGCAGAGGGGGGCCGUGGUGGUCCAGGCUGUGCCCAGGCAGUUGAUUGACAAGGACAGGGAGAGGUGUGCAACUGUCACGCUGAGAAAUGGUAUCCUAUUCCAAGUGUCACGCCUGCUCCCACUCUUCCCCCCUGGUGCUCGAGGGCACCAGGCUCCCCAGCAUUACGUUCUGCAAGCAGCUAAGAUAUUACUCCAGCAGCAACAGAAGAAGAGUGGUUUGAACUCUGCAAAGAGCCAUACCAAACCACGGCCCCUACAGUCAGAGUCAUCGAGGAACAUUUAUUGGUUGACGGGAAUAGCCAAAGUGAUUAAUUAUCCUGAGGUCUCAAUGACUACGAUGAGUCCUCAGCAGAUGCAGCAGCUUCUGUCCCCGGGUCAGCUCCAGGCUCUGCUCCAACAGCAGCAGCACGCUAUCCUGCUCCAGCAGCUCUCUAGGCAGCAGCUAGUGUUCCAGCAGCUCCUCCAGCAGGAGCUGUUCAAAGUGCAGAGACCAGGCCUGGCCUCCCACACCUUGUUUCCAGCUGGCUUGAGUACUAUUGAGCUCCAGCAGAUAUGGAAGGAGCUAACAAACAGCACAAUGGAAGAGAAAAGCACAAAGGAUAGCUGUCCAGACCGUGUCAUCACCACCACCAGCACUCCGUCCCCUACUGAACCCGUAACCACAGCCAAAGCAUCAAACACCCACAACUUCCCUACCAACGGCCAAUCUCUUAGUUCCAGCCCAAGAGAAGGCUUGCUGAAUGUGGAUCAAACAAUCACACACUCACUCUAUGGAUAUGGUGUGUGUAUUUGGCCGGGCUGUGAGACUGUUUGUGAAAACGCCAGCCAGUUUAUCAAGCACCUAAGUAUUGAGCACAUGCUGGAUGAAAGGAGCACAGACCAGUGCAGAGUCCAGAUGCAGGUGGUGCAGCAGUUAGACCUCCAGCUCUCUAAAGAACGGGAGCGUCUCCAAGCUAUGAUGGCCCACUUACACCUGCCACCUUUGGAACCACAGUCCUCUUCCAAACCUCUGAGUUCUGGGUCCGGUGUCACCAUGUCCAAGAGCCUGCCACCACUGUCCCCUCAAGAUGACCCUCAGAUGUCUCCAACGGCCCCUGUCACCUCCCCAUCCUCACCCCGGGGGCCUGCAGGACUCUGCCCCACAAGUGUGGGGGCAAUGCGAAGACACCACUCAGACAAGCACCCCUCUCUCUGCUCUCUGUCUUCAGAAUUUAGCCCAAAUCAUGAGAUGUACAGAAAUGCAGAUAUCAGGCCACCUUUUACCUACGCUACUCUGAUAAGACAGGCUAUAAUGGAUGCAUCGGACAUGCAGUUAACACUAAAUGAGAUAUACAGAUGGUUUACACGGACCUUUGCCUACUUCAGACGCAAUGCUGCAACGUGGAAGAAUGCAGUCCGCCACAACCUGAGCCUGCACAAGUGUUUUGUGCGUGUGGAAAACGUGAAGGGGGCCGUGUGGACAGUGGACGAGGUGGAGUACCAGAGAAGGAGGUCUCAGAAGAUCACAAGAAGCCCAACGCUAGGGAAGAACCUUCUCUCCAGCCUUGCUUAUUGGACUGCUCUAAAUACCAGUUUACAAGCUCCACUGACUGAGAAUGCUCUGACUGUAUUAAAGAACAAGAGCCCCGCAGGCCUGACAGGCAGCAGUCAUUUGGGUCUGGUACACCUAAAACAUCCUGACCUCCAGGACACCAUUGGACAACGCAGCCCACACUCCACUUCACUGGCCCAGCUGCCCCUCGUUGUCAAGGAAGAGGAGACACCACCAGUGAUUAAGAAUUUGGAGGAUAAAGAAUGUCUGCUGCAAUUGCUGACAACAGCUAAUCCCAGUUCAGAGAUGCAGCAGGACAUGGAGCAAAAGGAGGGACAUCAAUCAGAUCUGGAAUAACAAUGGGAACCUCAAUGAUUGAAUAUGGCUACAACUCAACACCCUGACUCUGACACCAACGCCUUCUAACUCUGAAACUGUCCUAAUAUGGACACCGUAAUCUGGAAUGGACUCCACCCUACGGUCAGAAACCUUACCGACUGGCCUUUGUUGCCCAACUCUAUUUUAUUGUUAAUAAGACUUACAUUCCAUGACUGUGAGAACUCUCAACUUCCAGUGUGUCCAGUUUGCAUUUGUUUCUCUAACUGGACAAAAUAUCCUUUAUAAUCACUUAAUGUAAUAAUGGCUCACAGAUUAUGGUCAUUUGUUUACAAUAUUACGAGAUGUGUCAAACUAUUGUAUUGUAGUGAUUUUUUAUUCAUGAUUGUCUUCUCUGUCAAAGUUGCUUUUUGCAGAACUGUAAAGAUAUUAUUGUAACAUAAACAUGCACCCAAGGAGUACAUCAAAACAAUAUAUUGAAUAUGAUUGCUUCUCUUGAAAUCUUUAGCCCACAACACAAAAAAACAUGCAAACCAAACAUAAUAGAAUCUGAAUGAGCAGCACCGAUUUGACCAGGGCCGUGUUCUUUGGGCACGCAACAGAAAACGUUUUAAAGCGUAUUGCAAUGGAAAGUGUAAAUGAGACUUUCUUAUUGGACAUGCCCAGGUAUUCUCUCCCUGUUUCAGUCCAUUUUCUUCCAUUUGGUGCCUAAUGAGCACAACCCAGAUGCAAAUAUGUGAUUCACAGAGAUACGUAAGCUUGUUUAAUGUUUAAUCGUUGUUUUGUCUUUUACUUGCUUCUAAAAGUAAGAUGUAAAUGUGACAAGUAUGUCCUUAUCUCUACUUCUGUUUGGCUCAUGCAGUAUAGUAGUUACACAAAUGCAAAAACACCG